AUGGUGAAGGACUGCCCACAGCAGAGGAUAACUUGCAACAACUGUGGGAAGUCGAGACACAUUGCCAAUGAGUGUUGUGCCGCUAAGAGAAGCGGUAGUGCAAGUGCAGCUCAGAGGCUAGAAUCAAGAGGAAGUAUAGGGUCGGGGCCAAGUAUGGGGCAAAAGCCAAGCAUCCCUGAGAGAGUCUUUACUAUGAGUGGGGCAAAGGCUUCACAGUCAGAGGAGCUGAUCCGAGGUAAAUACAUUAUUAAGAGUCGAUUGCUUGAUGUGCUGUUUGAUUCGGGUGCUACACACUCCUUUAUAUUUGUGAAUUGUAUGAAGAGUCUGAAUUUGUAUGUGCCAGAAUUGCCGUGUAAUGUUGUGGUAACUACCCCUACGGGUAAGCCGGUUGUGACGUCAUGGGUGUGUUUAGGGUGUGCAAUGAUGGUACACGGUAGGGAGUUUGAGGUGGACUUAAUUUUUUUACCUCUUUCUCAACUGGAUGUAAUCCUUGGAAUGAAUUGGCUUGUUGCUAACCAUGUGCUACUGGACUGUAGGGAGAAGACUUUCAUCUUCGGUGUGACAAUUGUAGAGGUUUCAAGGCUUAUGAGCCAGAGAGCGUGGGAGAACACGGUAAACACUAAGGCUUUCAUGGUUAUGUUCUCAAUGGAAACCGAAAGUGUAGUGGAGCCGGAGUAUAUUCCAGUGGUGAGGGAUUUCUUGGAGGUUUUUUCUGAAGAUGUUUCUGAGCUACCACCUGAGAAGGAAAUAGAGUUUGCUAUUGACCUCAUUUUGAGGACAAGUCCGAUUUCUGUGGCACCUUACAGGAUGUUACCAGUGGAGUUGGCAGAGGUCAAGAAACAGGUGGAAGAUUUGUUACAGAAAUAG